AUGGCGGCCGCAACACAGCCCUCGGCCCCGGUCACGCAGCUCACCUUCCGCGAGGCCACCGAGGCCGACAUCCCGGCCCUGCUCGCGCUCAUCCGCUCCGCCUACCGCGGCGAGUCCUCGCGCGCCGGCUGGACCACCGAGGCCGACCUCGUCGCCGACGAGCGCAUCGACGCCGCCGGCCUGCGCGCCAAGAUCGGCGAGCCCGAGGGCGCCGUGCUGCUGGCCACCGACGCCCAGGGCCGCCUGGCCGCGUGCUGCGAGCUGCUCAGGCGCGACGCCGCGCUCGCCUACUUCGGCCUGUUCGCCGUCGACCCCAAGCGCCAGGCCGGCGGGAUCGGGCGGCAGGUGCUGGCCUACGCCGAGGGGUACGCCCGGGCGCAGUGGGGGGUCCGCGGCCUCGAGAUGAGCGUCAUCUGGACGCGCGAGGAGCUGAUCGCGUGGUACGUGCGCCGCGGCUUCGUCAGGACGGCCGAGACGGCGCCGUUCCCCUACGAGAGCCUGGUCAACGGGGAGGCGCUGCGGGACGACCUGCACUUUACCAUCCUGCGCAAGGAGCUCGUCUGA